GCGCUGUGCUCGUCGCUGAUGGCCACGCUGGCGGCCCGGGCGGCGCUGGCGGCGCUGGGGGUGGGCGACGGCGCUGCCACCGUCACCGGCGCCACCGUCACCUGGGUGCUGCGCGACGGGCUGGGCAUCGUGGCGCGCAUCGCCUUCGCCUGGCUGCAGGGGAGCGCCCUGGACUGCGAGGCCAAGCAAUGGCGCCUGGUCGCCGACAUCCUGAACGACGCGGCGCUGCUGACGGAGAUGGCGGCGCCCGCCUGGCCCGCCGCCGCCGGCCUCCUGCUCUGCCUCACCGGCGCCACCAAGUGCAUUGUGGGCGUGGUGGGCGGGGCCACGCGGGCGGCGCUGGCCGUGCACCAGGCGCGGCGGGACAACGUGGCCGACGUGGCCGCCAAGGACGCCAGCCAGGAGACGCUGGUGAACGGGCUGGGGCUGCUGCUGGGGCUGCUGCUGCUGCCACUGCUCGAGGGGCGGCCGUGGGCGACGGGGGCGGCGGCGGCGGCGCUGGCCGGGGGCCACCUGGCCGCCAACGCGGCGGCGCUGCGAGCCCUGAGCCUCGAGACCCUCAACCGGCCCCGGCUGCGGCUGGCGCUGGCGGCCGCCCUGCGCCCGGACGGACGGGCGGACGGAGGGGCGGACGGCCGCCCCGCCCCGCCCCCGCCCGCCGUCGUCAACGCCCGAGAGCCCCGCCUCCCCGGCUUCGGCAGCCGCCUCCGCAUCGAGCUCGGCGCCCCCCUGCACCGCCUGGUGAAGGACGAGGCCGAGUUCAGGAAGGCCCUGGAGUGCGGCACCGACGACUACAUCAUCGUCUUCCGCCCCGCCGAAGGCUGGGUGGGGGUGGGGCUGCGGCGCGGCGCCCCCCCCGACGCCCCGCUGCGGGCCUGCGCCCAGGCGCUGCUGCUCGAGGAGCUGCUCGGCCCCCCCCUGCCCCCCGGCGCCCCCGGCGCCGCCGCCCUCCGCCCGCUGCAGCCCCCCCUGCGCCGCUGCCCGCCCGGGACGGUGCCGUGGGCCGCCGUGGCCGCCAGCUCACGCGUGUGGGCCACGCUGGGCCCCGCCUUCCUCAGCGGGCUGGCGGCCGCCGGUUGGCUCACGCAGCGGCACCACGUCGGCGCCGGCGAGUGGCGUCUGGAGUGGGCGGCGCCGGGGGGCGGGGCCUCCCCGCCCCGCCCCCGCAAAUGACUCCGCCCCCCCGCCCCUCCCCCACCCGGCGCCUCCGAAACGAGGCGAAAAAAGGCAAAAAACGGC